AUGUGGCUUCUACCGCUUGUUGGGUACUUCGGUACCAUCCUAGGCUUCUGCUUCAUGACUCUAGCCAUCGCGUCUGGGCUAUACUACCUGUCAGAGAUUGUCGAAGAGCAUACCGUAAUUGCAAAGCGCUUCCUCACGAAAAUGAUCUAUUCGGUGAUGGCUCUCCAGCUGCUUCUCUGCCUCGUCGACCGCUUUCCUUUCUGGCCGACUGCCCUGGGUGUCUUCUCCCACUUCAUCUACCUUGGCAAUAUGCGGCGGUUCCCCUUUGUCAAGCUCACGGAUCCUCUAUUCAUUGCAUCAUGCGCUCUCGUUCUGAUCAACCACUACGUCUGGUUUAGACACUUCUCCCACCGCCAAGAACGAGCAUACCAACGCAUGUCCUCCUAUUACGACCACCCGCACGAUCUGCCUACCUUUUCUGAAAUUGCUUCUUACUUUGGUCUCUGUGUCUGGCUUGUUCCGUUCUCCCUAUUUGUUAGUCUCUCAGCCAGCGACAACGUCCUUCCCACAAUGGGCAGUGAGCCGCCAGUGUCUACAUCUUCCAUAAGUGCCGGUGGAGCUAUCACUGUCAAUUCGCACAAGAGGCGCGGUCAAGGAAUGGCCAAAGCGCUUGUCGAUAGCGUUCGCAAUGGGAUAAGGGAGGUUGACCUUCAUUAG